AUGCCCGGUUCCUGCGAGGUCUGCUCGUCCGAACCGUCCAAAUAUCGUUGUCCAACAUGUGCGCUUAUGAGGUACGAAACCCGACUUGCCGCUGCCGGUCUCUAUUUGUGCAAACUCUCUAAUCGUGCUGCUCUAUUUAGUUGCUCGCUCGCCUGUUCACAGUCCCAUAAAAUAUACUGUGCCCCCAAGGCUACGCCGACGAACGAAGAACCGACCGACAAUUCUGCGGCUGCGGCUGCGGCUGCGGCUACACAGUCUCCCCUCCAAAACGGCGAUAUCGCCCCAGACGCUGCGAGAGAUAUGGCGACCAAGAGAAGCCCGUCCGCCCCAGCAGUGAUCGCGGCAUCGCCCGAGCUACAGGAGCUACUUUCUCGCUACCCUCAGCUCCGCAGUCAAUUGCACGACAUCUACCAAGCGACCCAGGAAGAGGAAUGGCAGGAAUGGUAUAAUCCCCCCACGAGAGGAAGACCAUAUGGCCGAGGAGGCCGAGGAUCCUCCCGGCGCAGUCGAGGUCCAUGGACGGCAGAGAAGGGGUUCAACCGUGGCCUAGGCAAAGUGCGCAAGCUCCGGCAAGAUUAUGAAGAAGGGUCCGAGACAGGUGUUAGUGUAGAGGCUUUUAUGGAGUUCCUGGCUCUGGUGAACAAGGCCCAGACGCCUCAAUGA